AGAUACACACCAGAGACACACAGAGACACAGAUACACACCAGAGAGACAGAGACACACCAGAGACACACAGAAAGAAAGAGAGUGUAAAUGACUGCACAAGGACUCUCUUCUGUUUCUGGUUGGUCGGUUCGAGUGCCGCCUCCUCUCUCCUCCCUCCUCCUUCUCUCCUCUCACACACACACACACACACACACGCACACUCUCACCUCUCCUAUCCUUAUAUGGUCAGGCUCCGCCCCCGGCUGUGAUGUCGUCAGCAGCUGGGAGGAAGACCCGUGGGGUUUUUGGGUUUUGGCGUCCAGUCCUGUGGGGCCGCAGGGCUGAGAGUUUCUCCUCUGCUCCUCAUCCCUCCAUCAGCGCUCCUGUUUCCUCUCCUCUCUCCUCUCCUGUCUCCUCCUCUCCUCUCCUCCUCUCGCCUCCUCUCUCCUCCUCUCUUUGGGGAAAAGAAAAAAGACACUUUGCUCGCGCUCGAUUCGCCGUGCGGACUCGUCUCUGUUCUUCCUCUCGUUUUCUCGUCCUCUGAGGAUUUUAUUUUUCUUUUUUUCCUCCUCCUCCUCUUCCUCUCCUCCUCGCCGGGUUUCAACCUGACGGCCGAGAAUUUUUAAAAAGUCCUUUAAAAAAAAGACAUUUUUCUUUCAGUGUAAAAAGUUGAAUGAAAUGCAAAAAAAGACAGAAAAAGUUGAAUAAAACUCAGCUUGUCUUCCUCCUCUUCCUCCUCGUCUUCCUCGUCGCCGGCUGCUUUCGGCGUUUCGAUGUCGAUGAAUUUGACCAUCGAGCCUUCGUUCGUCCUCUAGAGCUCCUCUGGGUUUGGGGUUUUUUCUGGACUUUUUUUCCUGCUGAUUUUUCUACUUGUUGUUUUGCCUUUGUGUUGUUUCGUCCUCGUGGUCGUGCUGUCACGGCGGUCGGAGCAUCGGGGCCCCGGAGAUGUUUGGGAUCCAGGACAACCUGCCCCGCGGGGCCACGGCCAGCAUGAAGGAGGAGCCGCUGGCUGUUCGCUCCUGGAUGCACUCAGCUGGCGUGGUGGACGCCAACACAGCCGCUCAGAGCGGGGUGGGGUUAGCCCGGGCGCACUUUGAGAAGCAGCCGCCGUCCAACCUGAGAAAAUCCAACUUCUUCCACUUCGUGUUGGCGCUGUACGACCGGCAGGGUCAGCCGGUGGAGAUCGAACGCACCGCCUACGUCGACUUUGUGGAGAAAGAGAAGGAGCCGAGCGGAGAGAAAACCAACAACGGGAUUCACUACAAACUGCAGCUGCUCUACAGCAACGGUGUGAGGACGGAGCAGGAUCUCUACGUCCGGCUGAUCGACUCCAUGACCAAACAGGCCAUCAUCUACGAAGGUCAGGAUAAGAAUCCAGAGAUGUGCCGAGUCCUGCUGACACAUGAGAUCAUGUGCAGUCGCUGCUGUGAUAAGAAGAGCUGUGGAAACAGAAACGAGACGCCGUCAGACCCCGUCAUCAUCGACAGGUUCUUCCUGAAGUUCUUCUUAAAGUGUAACCAGAACUGUCUGAAGAACGCCGGAAACCCCAGAGACAUGAGGAGGUUCCAGGUGGUGGUGUCGACGACAGUGAACGUGGAUGGCCACGUCCUCGCUGUCUCUGACAACAUGUUUGUACACAACAACUCCAAACAUGGCCGCCGAGCCCGGAGACUGGACCCGUCUGAAGCAGCCACUCCCUGUAUCAAAGCCAUCAGUCCCAGUGAGGGUUGGACGACAGGCGGAGCGACGGUCAUCCUGAUCGGAGACAACUUCUUCGACGGCCUGCAGGUUGUCUUCGGUACCAUGUUGGUGUGGAGUGAGCUGAUCACCCCUCACGCUAUCCGGGUGCAGACUCCUCCCCGUCACAUCCCUGGGGUCGUCGAGGUAACGCUGUCCUACAAGUCCAAACAGUUCUGUAAAGGAGCACCUGGACGAUUCGUUUAUACAGCUUUAAACGAGCCCACCAUAGACUACGGCUUCCAGAGGUUACAGAAGGUCAUUCCUCGUCACCCCGGAGACCCGGAGAGACUGCCUAAGGAGGUGCUGUUGAAGAGAGCAGCUGACCUGGUGGAGGCGCUCUACGGGAUGCCUCAUAACAACCAGGAGAUCAUCCUGAAGCGUGCAGCCGACAUCGCCGAAGCUCUCUACAGCGUUCCCAGGAACCACAACCAGAUCCCAUCGCUAGGCAACACCGCCUCCCAUGGCAUGAUGGGAGUUAACUCCUUCAGUGGGCAGCUGGCCGUCAACGUCUCUGACACGACGCAAGUUGGCUACAGUCGUAACACCAGCAGCGUGUCGCCACGGGGAUACGUACCGAGCUCCACCCCCCAACAGAGUAACUAUGGCAACACUGUCAGCAACAGCAUGAACGGCUAUGGCAACACUGGCAUGCCAAACUUAGGAGUGGCAACAUCUCCGGGCUUCCUCAAUGGCUCGUCUGCCAACUCUCCCUACGGCAGUAAGUAUCAAGUAGUUCCAUCCAGUCCGACCAUGGCCGUGUCGAACUGUAACUCCUCUCACGGAGUCUUCUCCUUCUCAGCCGCUGUCAAACAGAAGAGCGCCUUUGCUCCCGUUGUUAGACCGCCGGCUUCACCUCCUCCACCCAACUGCUCCGGCAACAACUCCAACGGGCUGCAAGCCAUGUCCGGCCUCGUCGUCCCUCCGAUGUAAAACAUCUCUCCUCCUUGGUCCUCGUCUCUCCUCCCCCCUCAGCCACGAGCACCAAUCACCUCAGAGGAGGCGGGGCCUCAGGCAG